CGUGCUCUCUAAUCAGGUGGGUGUGGGGAAGCUGUCUGGUGAGAGCAGAAACGGGCUGUCUUGCAGUAGUGAACGGAGAGCUCCAUUCCACUUGGAAAGACAAUACAUAAUAUCUGCAUAACUAGCUGAAUUACUGUAUCUUUAAAUAAAUGUCGAACCUAGCUCUAAAACCGGCGGGCAGGAGAAAUGGAAGUGCAUACGUUGAUCGAGACAAACCGGCCCAGAUUCGUUAUAGCAACAUUUCUGCCGCGAAAGCUGUUGCCGACGCUAUCAGAACCAGCCUCGGUCCAAAAGGCAUGGACAAAAUGAUACAGGAUGGGAAAGGUGAUGUCACCAUUACCAACGACGGAGCCACCAUCCUCAAGCAGAUGCAGGUCUUGCACCCAGCUGCUAAAAUGCUGGUGGAACUGGCCAAAGCUCAAGACAUUGAGGCUGGGGAUGGCACGACCUCUGUGGUGGUGAUAGCAGGGGCUCUCCUGGAUGCCUGCUCCAGGCUGCUCCAGAAAGGUAUUCACCCCACCGUCAUCUCGGAGUCAUUCCAGAAGGCAGUGGACAAGGGAGUGGAGGUGCUGAUUGGCAUGAGCCACCCGGUUGACCUGAGCGACCGGCAGACCCUGCUCAACAGCGCCACCACCUCGCUCUCCUCCAAAGUGGUGUCUCAGUACUCCAGCCUGCUGGCGCCCAUGAGCGUGGACGCGGUCAUGAAGGUCAUCGACCCCGCCACCGCCACCGGCGUCGACCUGAGGGACAUCAGGAUCGUCAAGAAGCUCGGAGGGACCAUCGAUGACUGUGAGCUGGUGGACGGGCUGGUGCUGACGCAGAAGUUGGUGAACUCGGGCACAUCUCGGGUGGAGAAGGCCAAGAUUGGCCUCAUCCAGUUCUGCCUGUCCCCACCCAAGACUGACAUGGACAACCAGAUCGUGGUGUCGGACUAUGCACAGAUGGACCGAGUGCUGCGCGAGGAGCGAGCGUACAUCCUCGGCCUGGUCAAACAGGUCAAGAAGUCCGGGUGCAACGUGCUGCUGAUACAGAAAUCCAUCCUCAGAGAUGCGCUGAGUGACCUGGCCCUGCACUUCUUAACCAAGAUGAAGAUCAUGGUCAUCAAGGAGAUCGAGCGGGAGGACAUCGAGUUCAUCUGCAAGACGAUCGGCACGAAGCCCAUCGCCCACAUUGACCAGUUCACCCCGGAGAUGCUGGGAACUGCAGAGCUGGUUGAGGAAGUUAGCCUGGAUGGAUCUGGCAAGUUUAUCAAGGUGACGGGCUGUUCCACUCCUGGUAGGACAGUAACUAUAGUGGUGCGCGGCUCCAACAAGCUGGUGAUCGAGGAGGUGGAGCGCUCCAUACACGACGCCCUCUGCGUUAUCCGCUGUUUGGUGAAGAAAAGGGCCCUGAUCGCGGGCGGCGGUGCCCCUGAGAUCGAGCUGGCGGUGCGGCUGGCCGAGUACGCGCGCACUCUGGGGGGCGUGGAGGCGUACUGCAUCCGGGGCUUCGCCGACGCCAUGGAGGUGGUGCCCUCCACGCUGGCGGAGAACGGCGGCCUGAACCCCAUCUGUACGCUCACCGAGCUCCGCAACAGACACGCCCAGGGGGAGAAGACCGCUGGGAUCAACGUCCGCAAGGGUGGAAUUUCCAACAUCCUGGAGGAGCUGGUGGUUCAGCCUCUCCUAGUGUCUGUCAGUGCCCUGACGCUGGCCACUGAGACCGUGCGCAGCAUCCUCAAGAUCGACGAUGUGGUGAACACUCGAUAAGGAAAGCCGGUGAUGUGGACUUCCAAGAGCAUCAUGGGAUUGUGCUUGUUGGACGGAGCACUGAGAUGCUGUGGGCGUAGUUGAGCUGUUUAGUGUGCUCUGAGUGAACUGGGAGCACUCGCCCUCGUUUGCUGCAACCGUUCUGUGUUUCUGCUUCAGUUGCACUCUGGCUGUCACUCUUGUGAAAUUCCUGGCUUUUUUUUUUUUCGCAAGAUAUGGCCUUUGAAAUGAUUUACCUGAAGCUCUUCAUUUAAAAACUGUGACCGUUUCCGCUGGUCAGUUUAAGAUUGGAGUCCAGUCUUCUGUUCUGUGUGCGAGUGGUUGAGGGGAUUGUGUUUCCGUUGGAGAUGGCAGUCCAUUAAUAAAAAGAAUGAUUAAGAA